CUAAUUCCCGAGUCUAAUCCUGCUUCAAUGAUCUACAAAUAUCAUCAUUCUGUAAUUAUAUAUAUACUUCAAUGUUAAAUUUCAUUGGUUUUACGUGGAGUCAUGUGACUCACCUUCCAGUCUAAAGAAAGAAAAAUGUAAUAUGUUGAGUCUAUAAAUAUAAACUAUAAUAGCAAUAAUACCACUAACUAAGAGUCAAGAGGUAAUGUGCGAGACUGAGAGGUCGCCAUCCUUGGUUUUCGUCAGCACCGGAUAUUGUAGCAAAAUAAGUAAACACAACUUUACACAACAGGGAAAUUUGUACAAGACACUCUACUGGGUGCCGUUAAUUUGGAAUAGUAAUCAGUAAUAUCUUAUUAUCCUAGUGUAUCUAUUAUUCGGUUAUUUACUCUGUAUCUCUCGUUCAGAAAUGAGUGUCCGAUAGGAUUAACAAAAUACAUUUCUGAUACUGAUAAUAAUGAAUGAACAAUUAGACUGUAGACUGUACACUGCAGGCAUAGUAUAGUUAUAGUUGUAGGCGUAGGUAAGUAAGUAGUAAGUAUUUUGAAAAAAAAUUGUAAUGUUCAUCUUAAGAUCUUUCAAUUUUUUCUUUUAAAUUUUAGAAGAGGAGUUAAGAUUUUUUAAAUAAAAUUAAUUAAUCCCCUUAUAAUGUAUAAAAACUGUAAAUUACAGUCAGUAUAAUAGUAUAAUAUAUUAUAUAGUAUAAUUAUAAUAUUAAUUUAACCAUGAAAACUUGUGACCCACUUUUCUAAUUCUGCACCCAUAACUUUUUAUUUUAAAAGAUUCUAAUGCUAAAUUUUCAGGAGGCAUUCACUUUAAUGAGUUUACAAUAUAAUGCUGCAUGCACAACUAAUGUUUUACAUAUCAUUUAUAUUCUAUAACAGUGGUUCCAAAUCAUUUAGACUCAGAUAGUCCCUAUUUAUAAACCAAAAUGUGGUGGGGGGGGGGAGGGGCUAGGCUUAUCUCUUACAAGUUAUUAGUGUUUAGGAGCCCCCGAGAAGUGCUCGCGGAGCCCUAAUGACACUAUGGAGCCCAUAGGACCACUGAUCUAGAAUAUUUAUUUUACAUUACUUUAUAUGUGUGGGUGCCUGUAAAAGUGCAGUUAAGGUGCGUAUAUUAUUUCUUAAUGAAUUUCAUAUUUUUGCAUGUAUACUUAUGUUUCUUCUUCUUCUAUAUAUUAAGGGCCCACGAUCAAUUAAUUGAUAAUUCUGGCUCCUAUGCAUGUAGAGGGGAUUCGCAAUGUUUCUGUGCCUGGUGUUGAUGAGAAUAUUUCAUUGGUUGCAAGGGCUACUUAGUGAGGGUAUCAUGCACUGGGGGUUGGAAGCCUGAGGCGAUAGAUGCAAAUGUGUCAAGUGUUUUCGCCUCAACUGUUCCUUUUGGAAGCUUCUUCCAGUCCCUGAUUGUCUUUGGCAGGAAUGAGCAUUUCCUAUACUGGCUUCUCGCUGGUAUGAGCCUGAAUUGCCUGUCAUGGCCACGUCGCUGUCUAUGGGGGAGAGGGACUAGUUACUGUUUAAUGCUGAAGCAGUGGACCAGCCCAUUAUUUAUCUUGUACAUCAUGGAGAGCCUGGAUAGUCGUCGUCAUUCCUCCAAUAAUGACCAGCAUGCUGCCAACACUAGAGGUAUUCCUGUAGCGGUUCAGGACAAAGCGUGCUGCCCGUCGCUGGACCGCCUCCAACCUGUCGAUGCUCUUCUGGGUAAAUGGGUCCCAGAUUGAAGAUGCAUAAUCUAAAAGCGGCGAGACAACGGCUUUAUAGGCUCUUUCUUUCACUCUGGAGUUGUCGAUCUUUAAAUUACGCCUUAAGAAUCCCAGGGUCUUGUUUGCCUGGUUGCACACAUUGUUACUAUGCUCGUCCCAGCGGACCUCUCUUUGAAUGGUAAGACCCAGAUACCUUAAGGAGGAAACUUGCUCAAGUAUAUGGCAGUGCAGUUUGUAAUGUUGGUGUAGAAGAGUACAACUUCUAGAGACUGACUGCGUCUGGCACUUGGCAGGAUGAAAUUCCAUGUCCCAGCUCAUUUCCCACUCAGAUAAUGAUAACUGAUUGAGAUUCUGAUGUAGCUGGUCCUGGUCAGAUCUGUUGGCGAUCGUCGUAUACACCACCUUGUCAUCUGCGAACAUUCUUGCUUGGGAUGUCAGUUUCUCGGGUAGGUCAUUGAUGUAUGCUAGGAACAAACAGGGGCCUAGCACUGAGCCCUGACUUAAAACAGACAAAGGAAGAGCUUGUACUGUCCACCACUACUGGUUGGCAUGGGUUGCUGAGGAAGCUAGAGAUCCAUAUUUUAUUAGUGCCUUGGAUCUCAUAUCUCUGAAGUGUGUGUAGAAGCAAACUAUGAUUGACACGGUCAAAUUCCUUGGAGAAGUCCAUCACCAGCAUGUCAGGUUGCUUGCUGUUCUCCGGAUUGGUCAUCAAGUCUUCUACAAAUUCAAGGAGCUGGGUCUCACAUGAUCUAUUGACUCCCAGAUAUGUAACUAAAAAUAAAUUGUACAGGGCUAAGUUUUAUUUUUAUUUGAUAAAGCGGCUUAUACUUAUAGGCCUAAAUAUGUCUAUAAUUAGUACAUGGUACAUUCCCCAUAAAUGAUCUUUCCAUUUUGUGUUUUUCACCCUAUAAGCCAGAAUUUUUCACCUAUAACUUGGUAUGGUAAAUGAAAUUUUCAAACUGAAGGCAUGCUCACAAAAAUGAAACAAGAAAUUAAACAUCAAUAAAUAAUUUCAUAGAAUUUAAAAUAAAUUUAAUUUCUUUUUUCAUUAAAAUAAAUUUAACAAACCAUUUUUAUAUCAGAAAUAUAUACAGUGGAACCUCUCAUAACGAGUUUAAUUUGUUCCAGACUCUUACUCGUUAAGCGAAACACUCGUUAAACGAAACAAUUUUUCCCAUACAAAUCCAUGUAAAAUAUGAUAAUGCGUUCAUUGCUGAAAAAAUACUAAUUUUUCUAACAAUUUUAUUAACAUUUAUUCAAAUAAAAUUACUUAUGAAUUGUUAAGGAGUGUAACAACUUGGAAUACAAUUUAGAUUUGAAACAAAAAACGUAAAUAAAAAUAUGAAUUUAUGACAAAUAAUUUAUCCUUUUUAACUAGAAAACUGUCUAAAGACAUUUGUUUUUGCGGACGCUUCAAAAUUUGACAAAAAUGUGUCACAGCAUUAUCAUUGAAUACAUUUGUAGCACAAAUAGCCACCUCCUUAUUAGGGUGAUGCUUCUCAAUGUAUGAUGCAAUCGUUUCCCAUGCUUUCAGCAUUUCUCUUAUUGCUCUAGAAGAUUGUUACUCUGCUACUUCCUCCUCCAUUAAUGAGCUCUCCUCCAUAAUUUCUUGCACUCUCUGGCCAAAGUUUUUUCCAAGCAGAGGUGAGGGAAAAAGGGACUUCCCCUUUCUGCGUAACCCAUUAUGCGAAAUGUCGCUCAUUAAGGAAGCAACUUCUUCACAUUUUUUUUUGCUCGUUAUGUGAAUUACUUGUUAUGAGAGGUUUUACUGUAUUUGUCAUUGUAGAUGUCUCAAAUCACCAAUAAUUAAAUAUGGAUUAUGAAGGAUAUCGCUGCAAAGUCAAAACUUGGCUUAUGUCCAUAAUUCAUCUAGAAAAGCCUACUGGUAUUUAUAUUUAUAUAGGAGUGUAUAUUAUGAUAUAUAUAUUAUAUUAUAUAGUUCAUAUGUGAACUAAAAAAAAUAUUUUUUUGGACAACCCCCCCCCCCCAAGCCAAAAACAGAAUUUAAAAAAAAAAUUUGUUCAGUUUUAAAAUGUCAUUUAGCAUACCAACUUAUAUAUAUUAUAUAGUUCAUAUGUGAACUAAAAAAAAUAUUUUUUUGGACAACCCCCCCCCCCAAGCCAAAAACAGAAUUUAAAAAAAAAAUUUGUUCAGUUUUAAAAUGUCAUUUAGCAUACCAACUUAUUGGUGAAAAUAUCUGGCAUAUAUGGUGAAAAAAAUCGAGAGAUCAUUCACGGGCCAUGUACCACUGGAAGCUGUUUCAAGGUGCUUUAGAAAGAUGAAAAGAAAAUUUAGUCAUGUACAAUUUAUUGUUAGUUAACUAUUACUGCAUGGAGUUAAUUUGAUAACAAAUACUCGUAAGUUCACAUGCUAAAAUACGAAAAUGGUUAAGAAAUAAUAUACACACCUGAACUGCACUUGAUACAAAAGCCACUAAAAAUAUAAAAAAAGUGUGGAGGUCAGGGAUAAUCAUGCCUGUUUUAUUUAAUUGGUGAUAAUAAUGAAAUAAAACUUACAGGUCUAUUGUAUUAGUCCUAAAUCUUUUAAUGUUUAAUACAAUCAUGAUGAUUAACAAGCCACUCAAGGCUUGCGAACUUGCAUACAAAAAUAUUAAAUCAUUAAUUUUAAUUGAUUGAUGACUGUUGUGACAAAUUUAUAAUUUUUAUAUAUAUUAUCUGUUCUCUUUAUUAUGACAUGAUUUAAAGUAAACCAUAGUUUUGUUCAAUUGUUCUUAAGGUUAUAUGCCAAGGCCUUAAUAACUCUGAUAUAAGUUAUAAUAAUAUAAAUUAUAUAUGCCAUACAGUAGGUAUUUUUAAAGUCAUUCGCGCACACAUUCUGCAGGAAAAAGUGACAGGUAAAUUUUUGUGGCCAUUUUACAAUCAGCUCUAAGGUGUAAUCAGAUUUUUGCGUUCUACAUCACAGUUUUCUAAUAAUAAAUUAAUUUUUGCGACGAUUUUGUAAAAUAUUUGUCUUAUGUUGACGCUCAUACCAUUUACCCCUGCUUUUUUUUGUUGCUGUGUCACAUUGACAAUUGGUAAGCUAUAAAUGUCUUAAAUGAUUUUUUUUUCUUAGCAUCUUUAAUACUUAAAUGGAACCUAAAAAAUACUGUUAACCAUCUAAAUUGGAUUGGGAAUAAUUUUGAAAGUCAAUUUACCCUUUUCUCUUGAAUGUUACUCCUUUAACAUGUCAUCACCUCCCCCAUCACCGGACGGAAAAAAUAAAUUUUGUGUAUCUUCAUUGGGAACAAAAUUGGCUCUCUGUAACAAUCAAUAAGUGUUUUAAUGUUCUGUAAUCUUUAAAUAUGUGCAUAAAUCUAAGUAAAUUUUAAAAUGUAAUUUUAGAAUUAGAAUACAGAAAUUUAAUUUGAAAGCUUGCUUCCACCUAGUAUUUCAAGGCCUACCAUUUAAAAAAUAGUUAUAGUAGACCUAUGUUAUAGUAAUGCAUAUUUUUAAGUCUAAACCUAAUAUUACUAAGAAAUUAAUAAUAUUCUAUUAAUAAAACUUACACUUGCAGGCCUAAUUUAAGUUAGUAUUUUUUAAAUUUAAUAAGUAUAAAUAAAAGACAUCAAAUAAAUAAGUAAGACUCAACAUUAUCAUAGUAAUUAUUUUUGUAAUAGGACAUAUACCUAUAUGACGACUACGACUUGGAUACUGUUGACAGAUUCACAUAUCUGGGAUCCAACAUAUCGAGCACCCUCUCAAUGGAGGAUGAGAUAAGUGGAAGGAUAGGGAAGGCCGCAACUGUUAUGGCCAGACUGAAGAAAAGAGUCUGGUCAAAUGUCAAACUCACAACAAGAACUAAGCUGCAGGUGUACCAGGCCUGCGUACUGAGCACACUCCUGUAUGGAUGCGAGUCGUGGACCACAUAUUCUAAACACGAAAGAAGGCUCAAUAGUAAUUUUGUAGAUUCAGGAUUAUGAUUAGAUGUUAUUUCUAGGUUUCUUUCAGAUAGCUGUACAAGAGAAAUUUAAAAUUAUCUGUUGAAGUACUCUGUGGAAUUCCUUCAAUCAACUAGGAAGCACCUUUGGACGUUGAUGACAAAGAGCUUAUGAAGGAGAGAUUAUAGAUUCAUCAACAAGACCAAGAAGUCUGUAGAGCAGUCUAAAUUGGAAAUGACAGACAUAACAUCACCAUUACCUUUUAAAAUUUAAUCAAAUACCAAUAUGCUUUUAUUAGUCAUAUGGGUGAUUUUAUUAGUUUUAAUUUAUUAUCUAAUGCAUGCAAUUUUAUAAAAAAAAAAGACCUACUUACUUUUUAUAAAUAUAACAAUUUAUUAACAAUUUAAGCAUAUAUUUAAUUAAAAUACAAUACACAUGUUUUUUUCUUUUAUUUUCCCUCUAGAACUGUAAGUAAUAAUUUUGAAAAUUUUAUUUUCAUUUUUUUUUUAACUACCGCAAAUAAAAUUAUCAAAAAUAAAAAGUCUUUUAAUGUUAUGUAAAAGUUUUAUUGUUCAUUGUGUUUUAUAUUGCAUUGAGAAUGUCUCCUGAAAAUAUGGUAGCAUUAAUUUUUUUUUUUAAUUGUGGGCAAAACAAGGCAGGAAUUUAGCGUGUUCACCAAAAAACUCAUUACUCCACUUCAAUAAAAGCUAGAAAGAUGAAAUUGGUGUUGUUAUAAAGCUUAUAGCUAGCACUUUAAAAUAGUUUAUAAUUUAUGGCAGUAAGACAAUAUUUAAAAUUUCUGUCAAAGUACCUACAGUGUCCUACAACUAGGCUUAUGACAUGACACACAAUGUAUAUGUGAUCUAUUUAUAUUAUAUGUUAAAUGAUCUCUGUGAGAUGACCAGGGUCAUAUAUUGCUAUAAUUAAUUUUAAUAACUUAACAUUAUUUUUUUAUUUUAUAUGAUUUUAUAAUCACUAAUUAAACCUUUUUAUACAAUAAAGACGUCAUAGCCAAGGAUAUAUUUAUUAAAGAUCUUUUCCAAUUGUGGAAGCAAUUUUAAUUGAAAUAUUUGUCACGUUCAAAUAAUUUUUUCUACCUGUACACAAUUUUUAGCUUACUCUUAAAAAGUUAAUGCUAAUAAUACCAACUUUGAUUAAGAUUUGUAAAGUUGGCAUAGCUAUUAAAAUUAUUUUCUAUAUAAUAUCAUUAAAAUUUAAAGUGUACCGGUUCAAGAGCCUUUUGGGGCAUGCCUAUUUUAAACAAUGGCUGACUUUAUUUUCAAUUUCUGGUGAACCAUUUGGGGCUGAAUAAUAUUUCCAGAGCAAAUAUGAUUAAAUUUAGUACAUGUUAGUUUAUAAAAUGGAUAAACAAAUAGUGCUGUAAAUAAUUUAAAAUGGAUAAACCAAUAGUGCCGUAAAUAAUAAAAGAUUGCUGGAUCUUAAAUUUAGCAUAAUGCAUUUUAAGAAAUUUUAAAUUAUUUUCUACCUGUUACUGUUAGUUGGUUUUAAUUUGUGUUUGAAGAAAGUCAUUUUUUAAAAGUUUUUUCAAUAGUUAUAUUUUCUAAUUUUUUGGCAUCAGUAUUAAAAUUGUAAUAUUUAAAUUAUCUGAAAAGUUAGAAUUAUUUACUGUUUUAAAUAUUGAAUGCUUAAAAAAUCCCGGUUGAAGUGACUUACCUCUUACUUAGGCAUAAAACUAAAAAAAGUAGAUCCGAGCUCAUCCAGCCACUCAUUCACUCAACCGCAAAGCAGACGCCAUCAACCACAAUAAUUUAAGCCAGUGUCAACCCACCUUCUUUGACCCAGUUUUCCAGCUCUUCAUCAGGUGGACACUGCAUGAGAAAUCUUAGAAUGUCACGUGUGUGGAAAUGGAAGUAUUGAGAAAGUAUUAAAAAAUGGACAUAAUAUUAAUAUGUUUCUUCCUUCCCUGGUUUUUCUGUAACUUGUAAGCUAUAUUAACUGGUGACUUUUUUUAUAGCGCACUCAUAGUGCAGUGAGCCUGAUACUCCACAAGCAAAAUUAUAGUUCAGCCAUUUUUAAAGACUUUCUUUCUAAUCUCAUUUCCAUCUUUUAAGUUUUCCAGUAAAAAUUUUUUGUUUACACUGAUAUAUCUUGUUCAGUUGAUUUUGCUUUCCUCGUGCAUCUUAGUUGGUGACAUAUCUCCGGUAGAUUGGGUUGAUGUUGGGGUGGUGAGCAAUGGGGAAAGAAGAAAAAGUGAUUUAAAAAAACAACAACCUUACCCCUUUGCUUACACUAUCGGUACUAACUGUAGGAUUUUGGGAUGGAAUGGGGGAAGGUGUUGGGGCAGGUCCAAAAGCUCUUUGCCAACAAUUUUUUUUUUAAUACAAAUAUUUUUUAAUUCUAAAGAAAACUACCGGCAUGCUUCCUCUGAAGUCACACAUCUGAAUGAGAACUAAUAAGUCCCCGCUUUUGCUAAGAGAACUCACUGAAGGCUGUUUGAAAUAAUUUAUUAUAAAUGUCUUGUGUUCAAAUUGUUUUAUUUUUGAGCUGAAAAUGUAUAAUGCAAUCAAAAAACAUUUCCAUUUAUUUGGAUCAAUAAAAGAAUCUUAUCUUAUCUUAUCUUAUCUGGACCUGUAAUUGUUUCAGAAUUUUUUUGUUUAAAAAAAAACGCAUUUUAAAAUAAUUUUAACUUACUUUCAGGGCAUUUUAAAUGACUACAUAAAAAUGACACAGAAAGCAACAUCAAGCAAUGUGAGCUGGCAGGAUUUAGGAAUUAUCACUUGUUCACUCUGCAAUUUAAAAACGUCUGAUCAAGCUCUUUUUCAGGCUCAUAAUUGCAAACCUAGAAAGUCUAUGGAAACCCUUCCAUUGACCAAAGCAAAAAUAAGCUAUAGCAGCAUAACCAAAAAGUUUUAUUGCUCAAUAUGCAGCAUUGAAAUAAAUGAAAAACAUAUUGAGGAUCAUAUAGAGAAUCAUAUUAAUCUAAAGCCAUAUAUAUGUCAUUAUUGCAGUCUUCCAUUUGGCUCCCAAUUAAAAGUUUUUCAACAUUGUUCUUCUCAUCACACAACUGCAGAUCCUCUCUAUUUACUCAGAGUUUCAAGAAAAACAAAAGACUUAAUCAGAAAGGUCAAACUAAAGGGUAGUGAAUUUUAUGUGCCUCUUAAUUUUAAUGUGGUGCCUGUUAAAAAAUCAGUGCUUCUUUCAAAUAAUGAAAUUAAGGAAGCCACAUGGGGCAAUAAUGUUGUUUCAAAAUCAGUAAAUCACAGUGAAAACUCCCAAAAUGUCACCUUAAAUCCAGCAUUGCCAAGUGGAUUUCGUCAUUCAGAGAACUUGAAUUUGGCAACAAAGUCAAAAAUUCUUGCUCCAAAAAGUGUGACAACAACUUCAGCUGAAAAAGCCAUCAUACAUAAAUCAUUUCCUGUUGCUAAUUUAUCUUCAGCUGGUGCUAUGGAAAAAUCAUCGAAUUUUCCUCUUGUUAUAAGACAAAAUAUGCAUUUGAUAACCUGUGUAGACAAAAAAAAGCAAACAUUAAAUAAUGAAGGAAGAUUUUGCUAUCCCAACGAAGGUAGUGCUGAGUGUCCUGUUGUUUCCAUGAAACUACCCAUACAGCUAAUAUCUGCGGCAGAAAAAGAAACCACUUUAAUAAAAGAUAAUAGAAAUCUUGAUGUUAACAAUGAAAUUGCUACUUCCUGGGAAAUUAUAGGAAAUCAUUCAAGAAAUGAACUCAAUACUGAACCUAAUUUACCAAUUGAUAACUUUUGUGGACAUUCUUCUUUUUCUGACAAUGUCAGUCAAGCAACUUUUGUAAAUGGACAUGACUACCUGCGUGUUGUUAAAGGAUAUUUUUUGUGUCUUAAAUGCAAAAUGAAGUGGAGCUCUGAUUAUGAUUCUUUUUUCAAACAUAUCUGGACAUAUCACGUACAUGGAGAGGAUUUCUCUUGUUGCCCAGAUGGUUAUUCUGUUAAGUGUUUGCAAUUGAAAACUGUUUUAAAAUCUGUGUAUGAUAAAUCUCAAGAAACUAUGUCUGAUAUAAUUAAAAGCUACUUGCAAUUUGACUCAGCAAUUAAAGAAAUUGACUCUGUUAAUAAUGCUGACUCAAAUACAAAUGCUUCUAAUUCUGUAACCAACUGUUCUGUUUCAACAUCACCCCCCACUGUUGCCUGUUCGGUUUCAGUAUCAUUCGCAACUGUUGCCCAUUCGGUAUUACCAUCACCUACAACUGUUGCAUCUAAUUCUGAUAAUACAUUUGAAGAAAUAAACAAGAAUAAAAGGUCUAAUUUGUUACAAGAUGCUUCUGAUUUUACACAACAAUCACUGCGCAAUGAAAACACUAGUCAUUCAAAUCAGCAGCUUUUAUAUGCACCAGAUUCAUACUUUCAUAAAGGACUUUACUCAUUAAAUCGGGCUGAGAGAUAUUCAACAGAAAGCAGUGAAGCUGGUGGCGAACUUGGCGAUGAGGGACUUAAGUCAUUUUAUCAGUGUGGUCAACUGAAUUGCACAUAUGCAAGCGUCCAACCUGUAGAUCUUCUACUUCACAGUGAACAAAGCCAUGGGGCUGAAGACAGAUUCCCUUGUAUUUAUUGUGGUUUCCCAGCAAGCUCAAUCAGCAUUUUAUUGGAUCACAUGAAUCAGCAUAUAGGAAAUGAUAAUGGUUAUGUCUUCUCGUGCUCAAUUUUGGACUCAUCUCAUGUGAUAGAUAGAUUCGAAAGCCAAGAUUUAAAGCAUGUUUUAGGAAAAUUUGAGGAAAUGUUAAAAUUAAAUGAUAAGUCUAAUUUAUGUUUUGUUUGCAACACAUGUGAAACACAAUUUAAAUCACUUGGUAAGCUGAAAGAACACCUGCAGAAUUUCUUGCUAAAAGUUAUAAGGUGCAAACAUUGUAGAAGCUUUUUUUUAGAUACUUCCUCAUGGCAAAAGCACAGAGCAAAGGAACAUCCAAAUGAACCUCGAUUGUAUUGUAUAAAUAGGAAACUGUUGUGUGAUGCUCGUAAAAAAAACUUUUCUGAAUUUGUGCUAUUAACAGAAAAAAGAAAACUUUGUCAUGAAUUUUGUAUUCCAAAUACUAAUCGUGUGCUUGUUUCUAAUGAUAAUAUGCUUGAAGCCAUUGAUUCAUUGGCUAAGGAUAAAUUUGAUCAAGAAAAAGAAUUAUCCCAACCAGGCUUUACUGAGAUUUCUCCCUUGCAUGAAACAACAAGUCCAUUGAUCAGUGAGACCAGUAGCUGUGACCUUGAUAAUUCAACAAAUAAUAGUCAACGAAUAGACAGUUUGGUAUUUGGGUUUCAGUUAGAAAACUAUGGAGUAACGCAGACAUCUAAUCGAACAUGUAUUGAAAUGGAAGUGAUAGAUCACAGCAGCAUAGUUCUAAAUAAUUCUGAAAAUUUGGAUAACUCAACAACUUUAAAUAACGAACAUUUCACAUCAGAAGCAAAUAAACAAUUUGUCUCUGAAGAGAGGUAUUGCUUGACAGAAGAUAAUACUUUGGCCAAAAACCAUGAGAAGCAGCUUCAGAUUGAAAGAGGGCAUGAAGCUUUGACAGAAGUUAUAGAUCCAAACCAUGUAUUAAACCCUCGUAUUAAUUCUAAAGUUUCAGAAACAUUGACAGAAAUUAUUACAGUGGAGAAAAAUAACAGCUCAAAAGGGGUGCAUGACUGUGAUCAAAUCAUUUGCUUGGCGAUUGGGGAUGCAGAGCAGUCAGAAAGUGACGCACUAGAAAUCUCGGAUCAACAGGCACAUCCUGAAAUUAUUUCAGAAAUAUCUAAAGGGCUUGAAAUCACUAAAGCAUGCAUUACAUUUGAAUCAUCAUCAAAUAUGGGAGAGGGCAAUGUUCAUUUUUGUGGCUCAAAAGACAUGGACUGCAAAAGUUGUAGUGAUUUGGCUGAUUGUUAUGACAAAGUGCCAGAGAUACCUGUAGAAGCAGCAAAUUCAACAUCUACAGAUCUAUGUGCUCCAAGAGUGUCUAAUGAAACCAAAGCUAAGAGUUUAUUGAAUGAAUCCUUUACUCAAGAAAAAUCUCAAGAAGAACUUAACCACAUAGAUGAAUAUAACACUCAGAACAAAGAGAUUAAUAGCUUAGAUUUGAUAGAAAAUGAUAUACAAUGUACUGUCUCACCAGUUCUUGAAAGCACUGAUAAGUUUAUCAACAAUAAUGCAAUUGAAAAAAAUGAGGAAAAUGUAUCCUUGUCUGAAACAAGGAAUCAAAAGGAAUGGAAUACAAUGCUAACUCCAGCUGAAAAUCACAAGGCAUGUAAAAGGUUGCUGAACUCUAAAAGCAAUAAAGAAGUUCCACCUGUUAAGAAAGUAAAAAAAUCUAAUUCUCUUCCAAACAAUCCUCACACAACUGAGGUGAUUAGUUUAGAUGUUAUAUCAGAUGAAUAUUUGAAUGUUAAUAUUUCAUCAAUCGAAAACAAAACCUCAGAGGAAAGGAAAACAACUCAUUUCAAAACUGGUUUAAAGGCUGGAAUAAAAAGAAAAACUGUCCUUAAAUAUUCAUGCAUACAUGACGGAUGCAGUUUUGUUUCAAGAUGGCAUAAGCCUUCAAUGUGUAAUCACGUGAGGAAUAAACACCCUUACUGUAGUUGCGGAUACUGUGGUGCGAUCUAUUUUUUUCGUAAUCACUUAAUUAAUCAUUUGAGAUUUGCUCACAGAGGAAUGGAACCCAACAUAAAUGAUGAUGUUCCUUUAGAAAAAUUGUUUGAGGUUAUUGAGCCCCAAGAGGAAAAAAUUGGUUCAAAUGAUAAAUAUGGUAAGGAUCCAGUAAAUAUAAAUGAUUUUGACAAUGUCAAUGGUGAGAUAAAGAACAAAGAAGCAAAUACUAUUAUUGAGAAGUACAUUGAACAUUCAAUUGAUUUUUAUGAAAAGGACCUCAAGAUUCCAAAGAAUUCAAAUUAUACAAAUUUAAAAUAUGUUGCUGACAAUGAAAAGCAUUCAGCUGGACCAAAUAAUCAUUCUAAAAAUAAGAAAAGUCAACCCCUUUCUUGUGCUGACAUGAGCUUGAAAGAUUCAUCAUCAGAAAAAAAUUUAAAGAAAAGUUCUUUAGAAUCAUCUGAUACUUUAAUCAAACAACGAAAACGAAAAAUAGCAGACGAAAAGUUAAGUCACAUCAGUGCAACUAAGAAGAAUAAACCUUCUAAGCACACCUACAAGUCAUCCAAUAAACCCUGUAAGACUAGCAAAACUUCUAUUGAAUUAUUAGGAACUAAACAAAUUUCUUGUGAACAUAGCUUGGAUGUUAUUGCAGGUUCUAAAGAUUCACCCAAGACUUCUGGAAAAAUGAUAGAUAUGUUAUCUGAAACUUUACCACAGGUGUAUGCUCGAGUAAAAAAUUAUCAAACAUCUCCAGUGUGUAGAAAGAAAAAUGUUAUUCAAACCUUUAAAAACAAUCAUUUAGUUGAUAAAAGUGAAACACCCAAAGAAAUAAUGAGCAUCGAGGACUAUCCCUUUCAAUGUGAUGUCUGCAAGUCUUGCAUUAAAUCUUUGAAUGAUGUAGAAGAGCAUUUCAAGGUGUUGCACUCAGGAGAAAAUGAGACAUUUUUUGAUAGGGAAACCAGCUCAACUUAUGCAAUAACAGGAGAGCUCUUAAACAGCAAAUCAGGGGUGAAAUCAAAUCCUACUAAUUUAUGUACAUACUGCUCUUUCCGAAAAGAAACUAGGUAGGUUCAAUUCCAUAUUUAGCACACUCUCAAAAAAAAAAAAAAGAAAGAAAUAAGAGAAAUACCUUAAGGUACCGGUAUUAAUAACAAUGGUAUGUAUAUUUUUUAUUAUAAAAAAAAGUAUACUUAAACUGCAUCCUCCUCUUUCAUCUUAACACCAUCUCUAUUCUUGUCUUCCACUGAUCAAAGCAGUGCUGGAGGUAUAUAAGUGUGGAAAAGUGUCAUCUAGCUAUGCAAGAGCAUUCCAAUACUGCAGCACAUCUCUCUUGGCCUGUGGUUCAGAGAGAGUUCUGAAUGAAUUAGUAUUUAGUCCUGAUAGUUGAUAGGUGAAAAUGUUAACCUACACCUGUUGCCUCUUUUUGUUUUGAAUAAGUUUCCAGAAUCUUACUGCUGCUAUAUAUGGAACACACUCUUCCAAAAAAAUAUUAAAUUAAGGAAUCAAAAUGCAUUUGAAUUGGGACUUUGCAAAGCUUUCUUUGUCUAUGAUGACAAUGUUGUUUUCGUGUGCAUUUGAUCUAAAUAGCAAUAACUUUUUCAAAAAGGUUUUAUUUGAUGACAUCAGUCUAUUGCUGAAUUAUAAUGGUUAUCAUCAUUCUUAUGAUAGUUAACUAUUUCAAUGAUUUCUUGACUUUGGGAAUAUUUUUUUUGGUUGAAAACUUUCAUUAUUGUCCAGAUCAUUCAUCUUCUAUAACAGCCUCUCCAUGUAGGUGCCAUCUCAUUAUUUAAAACACUGUACCACUGUAAAGUUUGUGUACUGUAUAAGAAAAAGGUGCCAUCUUCAUGUGAUCAAUGGGUUAAUAUAUAUAUAUCGGGUAAAUAAAUAUAUUGGGUAUCACUUUCACCUGGUCAUAAAGAGCUGAAAUUGGGUACACAGCUUAGUGUGAAGGUUAUAUUCUUUCAAAAUUUGGAAAUAUAUGCAGUUAAAUUUGGAAAUUUUACAUCAUAGUCAAAGGAAUGAAAUAUAAAUAAUGUCAGCUAUCUAAAUUCAACCCAGCAGAGGUUGACUAAUUGGUUGGGUUGUCAUGCUCAUAAGGAGGUAAAUAGCUAGAUCCUCAUUCCAAUCCUUUCCAAAAAUGUAUUUCAGUAAUUUCGUAGUUAUUAGGUUUAAAAUUUACAUAAAUUAAAUACCUCAGAACAAAUAUAAAAUUACUGAAAUAAGUCUUGCUUUUACAGAAUAUUUAAAUUUCUCUUUUUAACAAAAUUCUUCCAGGUCAGAUGUGGAGGAGCACAUAAGACAUGUGCAUCCUCAGAAUGAUGUAAAUGUUUUUUUGCUAGGAGUUACUAGCCUACCACAAGCAACUUCCAUCAGAGAAUCACAUACAAAUUCGACUACUGAUAAUCUUAGUACAACAUCAAAGGGUAAGUAGUAAAUUAAACAUUUUGUUUUCAUAAUGUAGUUUUUGAAACUCGUCAUCUAAAAAAGCAUGAUGAAAAAAAGAAUUAUUCAUUAUCUGUAAUGAUAUAAACUUCCGCUUGUUUUGGGUGCCAUUGUCAGAAAAAUAAUACAGGUUUUUGUGUGGUUGUUGAUGUCUUGGUAAGAAAUAAAAGAACUUUACAAUAAUUCCGCCUCAACUUCAGGUAAAAAAUAGCUGGGUGUCCAGAGUGGAUAUGUGAAAUUAACUUGCGCCAGUAAACUUUCAUACUAAAUAACAAUAUUUAGUUAACAAUCAUAAUGGCCAGUAAUGCAAAGGGGUAUCAGAUUAUAAUGCAUUGCUCCAUAUUGUCCAUAUUGCAAAAAUUUGUUGUUGCACAAAAUUCAAUAUGCUCAGCUUGUUUAGUGAUAUGGCCAAGUUGGCUCUUUCAAACUUUCCUUAUGAUUCUUACUUAAAUAUGUUUAUGAUUAUGAUGUUGACAGGCUUGUUCAUUAUUUGCUUUAGUUCAGUGGUCGGGGAACUUUUUUUAGCUCUUAGUACUUUUAGCCCCAUAUAUUUUUGCUUACGUCUGUUACCCCACUCUAUUUGAAAAGGAAAAAAAGGAAACUAUUUGAAUUCGAAAUGGUUUAUUAAACCUUUGUAAAUGAAGAAUACAAUUAUUAUCAAAAGUGUAAAAUAAAUGUGAUAAUAUAAAUUAAUAAAAUCCUCAAAAAUUUUUAGUGUAAUAUAACAGAGCAAACAUUUCUGUCAUAGCAAGAAAUGCGGUUUUAAAUAAUUUUAUAUUUUAUGUCUAUUGAGCCCUCACCCCCAGUAUUUUCAUUUUUAUCCCAUUUGGGGUAACGUACCCCUGUUAGCCAACUCCUUCUUUAGUUCAUAAAAAAAAAAAGUUAUCAGUUUAUCUGGGACAAUGUGACUCACAAAGUUAAACUUUCACAUACCAUAGAUACUUGAUCUAAAGCCCAUUUGUUUAUAAGUCGCCCCCCGGACCAAGUUUUGGCUGGGAAAAAGCCUAAUAAUUGUAUAACGCAGUCAUAAGCCGAACCUAUAAAGUAAUAUGCCAGUGUAAGCCAUACAUUACUAAAAAAAUGUUAAAACUCCAGACUUUUAAAAAUAAUUAUUGUAUAAGUCUAAGUUAGACUUAAAAACUAAAAAACGAAUAAGACAGGUACGCACUUCACAUGUAACCAUACUGAACAUUUCCAGAAAUAGAUGACUACCGCAUGGAAAGAAAUACUUGGUCUCCUCGUCUUCCAUGCAUGUGUCAUCAUCAUCAGUGGCGCUACAGUUCAUAGAGCCCUGGCCUCCUCCACAACAUCCUUCCAUUAGGAUCGAUCCAUGACUAUCUGCCUCCAUGCGCGAGCCCCCAACUGGUGUAAAUCCUUCUCUACAUCGUCGAUCCAUCUCAGUCUUGGACAACCAGUUAGCCGUCUGCCCCUAGGUUUCUGCCUGUGUAUCACUUUUGCUGCUUUACAAUCCGGCAUCCUUUCAAUUUGUCCUGUCCAGCCCAGUCUGCCUUUUUUAUUGUUGCUACCAUGGGUGGAUCUUUGUACAAACUUUUGGUUUGUACAGAUUCUCCAGACAUCAUUUUCUAUCACUGGGCCAAGUAUUUUCCUGAGGAUUUUCCUCUUCCAUGUAUUGAGCAGAUUCUCUGCUUUUCUGGUAAGGGACAAAGUCUCACUAGCAUAAGUUACUACUGGUCUUAUGAUAGUGGUGUAUAUUAAUAAUAUUAUCUUAUUUGUUCCCUCAGUCAAAGCUGGUCCAUGCAUGUGUGCUGUUAGAAAAAUAUCAUUUCACAAUUUUGGAUCACAAAUAUAUAUAUAUAUAUAUUUUUUGUUAACUAGAAACUUCAAGCUAGGACAAUUAAAACAUUAUAUUUUUUUUUUCAGAUCCCAGAUCACCUUUGUCCCUAAUUUCUCCCUUCAUUAAGUUACACAUCUGCCUAAUUUGUGGGAUCUUUUGCUGUCACAUUCUCAAACGUCCCUUGAUAGGAUUUAACAAUAAAAACAACAACUCGCCUCUGAUUGCCUGGCUAAUCUCCUGUGCAUGUCGUGACAUUUAACGGAAAUAGAACAAACCUCCUGUGUGGUUGGGCGCAACUGAGUGAUGAUUUCCUCUUCCUGUGUCAGGAUUUGACAUAUUCUGACGAUAAAAUAAACCACAUCUUACCUCCAAACUGUCUUUUCUUUGUGUUGACUUAUUUCACUAAUAAAAUAAUUCACCUUUGACCUUGUCCUCUAACCUUGCAUGAUCUAAGCUUCUAAUGAAGUGAUCUUCUAGUCUCCAUGCUAUUUAUAAUUUCAGAGGGGAACAGCAACAAAGCCUAAAACAAACACCUAUCUAGGAUUAUGGAGAAUAUUUUCUCCACACAGUAGUUUUGUUGUCCUGACCCAGUAUUUAGGAAACACAGCCCUAUAUAACCUGUUAAGAUAAUGGGCUAGAUGACAAUCUGAAGAGGCUGUAGUGGCCUACUCAAAAAUCUCUUUUUUUUUAAUGAAACCAGUUUAGGAAAUGCUUUGCGUUGCAUAUGGUUCAUUCCAUUUACAAGACUUAUCUUUAAAUUCUUCAUUCUUGAAUGAAGUAAUUUCAAAUUAGCUUUGUUAGUGUUAAUAGAAUUUACAAAAACGUACACUUACACAUUUGAUCAAUUUAUGUGACAUAUAAUUCAAAUAUUAAAAACGGUUUUAAAAUGAAAAUAAUUUACUCUGUGUUUAAAACCAUAUUAUUAAUUAUCUGAUACCUUUUCUUUCUUUCUUAAUAGUUGUUAAAGGAACUUCACCAUCAUCAUUGGUUUACAACUGCAAUAAAUGUGGAGAUCAACUUGGCAGUGAAUUUCUUUUUCGAUUUCAUCUUGCCCAGCAUGGAGGUUUUAAGCAUACUAAUGUACUUACCACAACUGGUCUUCUUGUGUGUCCAAUUUGUGGGUACUUUGCCAGCAGCCAUCACGACCUGGGGCAGCAUACCGGAACGCACUUAAAUGAGAGACGUUACAAAUGCUCCCUUUGUGAUUUUGAUGGUCACAACAAACCAAGUAUAAAUUAUCAUUUGAGUACUGCGCAUUGUGGUGUGGAAGGUAUUGAAAUCAUAGAUCGUAAUAAACGUUCUAAAAUGCAUUUGCAACCAACACUGGUCAACAUGCAACCUCAGGUGCAAUUAAAAAAUGCUUUACAUUAUGCAGAUUAUCUAAGUGAACUAUUGAUUAAAAAUGAUAUUAAAAAUAUUGAGCUCACUUCUGACAUUUGUGCUCACAUCUUUAAACAUAACAGCGAUCAAUAUUUUGAUGUAGUACCUAUCGAUGAAAGUGAAUAAUUUUUGCCAAGAAGAAUUUUAUUAUUUUGAGUCAGUCUUUUGAUAUUUAAAUGGUGCCUACUUUAUAUUUAGGAGCAACCAAAUUAUUUUUAUAACUUUUCUGAAUUGUUCUAUUUUGUAAUUUCAUAGGGGAUAGUUGUGAAGGGGAUCAAUUGCUGUCCUGAAAAUUCCUAUCUAUUUCAAUCAUAAACAUUAAUUAACUUAUAAUUUUUUCACUUUUUCUUUCUAGAAAUAUUUAAUAAUUUCAGACAGGCUUGACAUGCCAGCAAAUUAUUAAAAAUAAUUUUAAAUUGAAGAACCGUGGAACUUACUUAACAUAAAAGUUGGCUUUCUAUUUUUUUUUAAAAGUUAGAAAGUAAAGCUUUCCAGUAAAAAAUCAAAUGUAAAUUCCAUUAUAUGUUUGUAAAAACUUUUUUACACAUGUAAAAUUACUAAGCUACCUGGUAGUUCUGGUAUUGGAUAGUUAUAAUUAUAAGGUAUAUAAUAUAUACAUUUUAAAAAUAUAUUUUUUUCCCCUUCAGCAAAUUUUUAAAGACAUAAGGGAAACAUUUUUUUCCAGAAUUAAAAUUAAAUCCCUAGAUUUUGUAUUAAUUUUAUGAACCUCAAUAUAAUUUAUCUAAAAAGGAAGAAAAAGAAAUGCAAAUGCUGACUUUUGUGAUCCAAGUCUUGUGUGUGUGUAUUAUGUCAUCAUCAGUGGCGCUACAGCCCAUGUAGGGCCUGCUCCACCACAUCUUUCCAUUUGGAACGAUCCAUGGCUUUCUGCCUCCAUGGGCGAACCCCCAACUGGUGUAAAUCCUUCUCUACACUGUCGAUCCAUCACAGUCUUGGACGACAUGUGAGCCGUCUGCCCCUAGGCUUCUGCCUGUGUAUCACUUUUGCUGCUUUAUAAUCCAGCAUCCUUUCAUUAUGGGCACCUUGCAGUCUGCCUUUUUUAAUUUUUGUGACUGUGGGUGGAUCUUUGUACAAUUGGUGUAUAGCUCUUGGUUUGUACAGAUUCUCCAGACAUCAUUUUCUAUCACUGGGCCAUAUAUUUUUCUGAGGAUUUUCCUCUUCCAUCUAUUGAGCAGGUUCUCUGCUUUUCUGGUAAGGGACAAAGUCUAACUAGUGUUAGCUACUACUUAUCUUAUGAUGUGAUGUGUAUUGUCUCCUUUGUUCCCCUCAAGAGGUUUUUGCUUCCCAGUCCCAGUUGCUGGCUGAAAUAGGAAUGGUUGCCUGCUGUUAUACUUUCUUUCACCUCCGACAUUAUUUCAUUGUGCUCGUUUAUAGUCCCUCCUAUGUUUUUGAAUGUGUGUAUUAUUAUUAUGGCUAUUUUUUAAAUAUUUUUGAGACCAGUGGUUGUCAGGAUGUGUGCCUUUUUUAAAAGUUCUUUGGCAGGCAUCCUGUGUUUCUUACACUGUUGUACUUCUGGCCAGCAAUGUUGGUAGGUGUCUCCAGCAUACAUGGUAAACCAGCAUGUACAGUUAACAGUUGUCUUCCGAUUUAUAGUCCACACGCAGUAGGAUGUGGUUUUAUGGGGUUGAGGCUUUCCUAGAAUAGCUGAUUUUGUAGCCUUCUGCCCUGCAUAAGGCAGAUAGAGGGCUAGGUGACUAAUUUUAUUAUCAGUGCAUUAACUUAACCAUUGCCCUAGGUUUAUUGUUAAUUUUAAGUCGAUUUGUUGCUUUAAAAGGAAUUUGGUUCAGUUACUGUUUUAGGAGAGGUGGAACUCCUAAUUAUUAUCAUUAAAGUUCUUUAAAUGACUUAAAUAUUUAUAUUACUUGUAUCAUUAUAAUUGCUAAAAAUUUGAUGUUAUGUUUCACUUUGGCCUCUUAUUUACUACAGAUUGUUAUAUGAAUUAUAAGUGUAAUCAGCAUAUUCAUACACAUCUGAGAAAGUAAAGCCUUUUGGCUUUGGGGCUCUCUAUUGCUUCCCAAUUCAAAGCUACUAGGUUGGUGUUCUGUUUUCAGCAGUAGACAUCUACGAAACUUUUUCCAAUAUAUAUGUAAACAUCAUACAUCAUGUCCAAAUUAAGCUAUUGUUUAACUUUGAGACCACCAAAGGUAUUUAGAAAUAUCACCUUUUUAAUUUUGUGAGUGAAGUUCUAAAAAUUUAGUGGGUGUAAAUGAAACAUUGUUAUUUGUUAUGCAGUUUGGAAACAAUAUUUAUGAUCCACACUUUAAAUGCUUUAAGAGUAGCUUAAACUCUGUUCUAAUGUUUUUAGAGCUGUGACUGAGUAUAAUGGUACUUUGUACAUAAUUUUACAUUCUUACUGAGGUUUGUUUCAAUUUAACAAGUUGGUUAUGCUCUAGAAAAGAAAUGCUAAAGCUAAUCAAGUUUAAAACAUUUUGAAGGAUAAAUGUUUUUUUUAAGACUAGAAUUGGUAAACGUUUUUUAAAACAAUUUAGUAAACAUGACAGCUCUCCCCCACCUUGAUAAAUACUAUAGUGAUAAACUGCAAUCAACCAUUAAAAUUAUGUUUCCCCUUUUUUUUUAAAUUAUGAGCAAAACACUUUUGAAAAUCCUCUUUUUUGUUCUGAAAGGAAUGUACUCUACUAUGACAUUUUUCCACAUUUUAUGUUUAUUAAAAUGCAAAUGCAGUCACAGUAGUAACCAUGACUUACAGUGAUUGUGAUUAUAUUAUUUCAUAUGCCUUGUACAAGAAACAACCCACAACUAAUAAAAAUGGCAGGACAAAGAAAAUAACCUGCUAACAAACCAAGCUGGUUUGAACGUGCGCAAAAUUGCAUAUGUUAGUGUAAACUUGGCAUUUCUAGUAAUUUGAAUUAUUGACAAACAAAAAGUGAAAUUUGGAACAAAAUUAUGCUCUUCUGUUUUUUUAUGUUUGUUCUUGUACUAUUAUUUUGUUGUAAACCAGGG